AUGCCAGAACCCUGAGAGCAAAGGGAGAAGGCUGCUUUCAUUUUCACUACUUUCCUGCCCAGAGAGACAGAACAGCAAUGGCUGAGAAGAGAUCACUACAAGACCCAGUUAAAGAAAUAAAGAUGAUUGCCAGCACCAUGCUUGGUGGCUUCUUGGAAGACUUGAAGGAAAAGAAGGUAUUAGAUAAACGUGACUUACAAACAAUAGGGAAAAAAGUGAACUUCAUUGUGAAUAAGACUGAAAACCUGGUUGAUGAUCUCUCUGAGAAAACUCAAUUGGUAGGUCAAGUAUUUAUGGACCGUCUCGUCAAUUCCAAGAGCCUGCUGAGUUUGAAAAAUGAGGAUGAGGAAUCUGAGAGCAGUGAGUCAUCUUCUUUGACAGAAUCUGAAGAUGAAAGUGAAAGUGAAAGUGAAGAAGAAGAAAAUGCCAAGCCAUCCCAGGCAUUGGCUCUCCCUUUGGCAGGUGCCACCAAACCCAGUGGCUCAUGUAAACCCUCAUGCGUCACUCAGGAGAAGAGAUCACCAAGAGACCCAGUUAACGAGAUAAAGGUGAUUGCCAGCACCGUGCUUGGUGGCGUCUUGGAGGACUUGAAGGAAAAGAAGGUGAUAGAUAAGCAAGAGUUACAAAUAAUCGGGAACACAGUAAAUGUCAUCGUGAAUAAGACUGAAAACCUGGUUAGUGAUUUUACUGAGAAAACUCAAAUGGUAGGCAAAGUACUUAAGGACCAUUUCUUCAAUUCCAGGAAACUGCUGAGUAUAAAAAAUGAGGAUGAGGAAUCUGAGAGCAGUGAGUCAUCUUCUUUGACAGAAUCUGAAGAUGAAAGUGAAAGUGAAGAAGAAGAAAAUGCCAAGCCAUCCCAGGCAUUGGCUCUCCCUUUGGCAGGUGCCACCAAACCCAGUGGCUCAUGUAAACCCUCAUGCGUCACUCAGGUUAUUCAGGAAAUCCAAGAUUCCUCAAUGGACAUGGUGAAGAUUUGUCCCUGCAAGCAUUCUCAAGAACCGAAGACUGUGAGAGUCCAGGAGGUAUAUCCAAUGAUGGAGAAGGAGGGCCGAACCCGCCUGGCCCUCAUCAUUUGUAACAAAGUAUUUGACCAUCUUUCUGAGAGAGAAGGCUCUGAAAAUGACAUUUUGGGGAUGCAAGGCCUCCUUGAAAACCUUGGAUAUUCAGUAGUUAUAAAGGAAAAUCUCACAGCUCUGGAAAUGAUAACGGAGUUGAAGAACUUCGCCACCCGCCCAGAGCACCAGUUCUCGGACAGCACGUUCCUGGUGUUCAUGUCCCACGGCACCCUGGGCGGGAUCUGUGGCAGGAAGCACAGAGAUGAAGAGCCGGACAUUCUUCCCGAUGAUACCAUCUUCCAGAUUUUCAACAACCGUAGCUGCCAUGGUCUCAAGGACAAGCCCAAGGUCAUCAUCACGCAGGCCUGCCGAGGCAAAGGUGACGGGGCCGUCUGGGUGACUGACAUGGGAGAAGCACUUGCGUGGACAUGUUACCAGCCCUUGGAGCGCUACAUCUCCAGUGAUGCCAUAAAAAAGACCCACGUAGAGAAGGACUUCAUCGCUUUCAAAUCUUCAACUCCACAUAACGUUUCCUGGAGAUUGAACACAAAGGGGUCUAUCUUCAUUUCCCAACUUAUCCACUACUUGGGAGAGUACUCUUGUUGUCACCAUUUGGAGGAGAUUUUCCGAAAGGUUCAAAAUGCAUUCGAGAAACCCAAUGCAAUAAUCCAGAUGCCCACGAUUGAGAGGUUAUCCAUGACGCGAUAUUUCUACCUCUUUCCUGGGAAUUAAAAUCCAUCUGAAGUGUCUCAGGAAAAUCGAGCCAUUCUGUUUUCUGUGAAUCUACUACUUUAAAAGGUUAAUGUUUGAAUGUGAAUAUUUUUCUACCAAAAUUCCCACUUGACCACCCUGAAACAACGGCAUGUGAAAACCAUGGUCGUAGUGUUGCUGAGUUAGUGCUUAAUAAAAUUUUUUGAAAAUAAUA